GUCCGUCAAUUCGAAUAGACGUGUGAACUGAGACUCCGAGAUACAGCGGAAAGUAUCUGGAAGAUACGCGUAGUUUGGCCCACCAAAACAACUACUGACCGAAUGCAUUGUUUGUGGCCCAGUGAAGUAGUUAUCGUUUAAGAUUGCAAAUCAGUCAAAUGAAUACAAAUGUGUAUCUGCGAGAUACGCAGGGCAGUGAAGUUUUUCCAGUCGCAGUGAAAAAUCAAGUGUAAAAACCAAAAACCGAAAACGAAAAACCGCCCCCGCAACAAUAAUAAAUACAACCGGUACACGCCGCCAACCCACCCUCCGAAAAAUCGACGUCGCAGUCACAGUCGCAGUCGUCGUCGCAAUCGUUUGGAAAUAAAUCGUGUUUUUUGCAUUUGUUGUUGGUGUUUUUAGUUGUUUAUACACGCCAAGUUAUUUACGUCGCACAGGCAAAAUAACAACAAAACGGCUGGCGAAAAACAAAUCGAGUCGGCGAAAAUGUUUUACAAUUAAAAUUACGCGCGCAGCGGCGGGCUCAAAAGUACAAGUAUCUGCAAGAUACACACACGUAGAUCAAAUAAAGCAGCGCAAUAUGCGCAAAUUAAACUAAAAUGCAGCACAUCAGAGCUGUAAAAACUUUUACGACCACACGACUGGUAACUUUGCCACCCGCACAGUCGAAAAUAAUACCAGAUACAAAUUAAGGUCGCUCAGCAGCGGCAGCGCAUAAAAACACGGCGGUAGUGGAAGUGGAAGUGGAAAUAGCCGUGGCAAAAGGAACUUUUCUACCUGGAGUAUAUUAGUCUCAGUCCCUUAGAUCCUUACACAAAAGGAUAGCCAGUCGGGGAGCGCAAAACUCACACACACACACAAAGGCCGUAAAACAUUUUGGGCUGCUGCAGGUCUCCUCCUCCCAGGACUCGUAAAUUUCCAACCCAACCAGCACCACCCCGAACAAAAAGAAAACAAAACACCGAAAAAUCCAAGACACCGCCAAGUAACUGCAUCCUCAACCAACUUAUAUAUAGAAUAUAUAUAUAAAUAUAUAUAUAUAUUCGUGCAGAGAUGGCGGGCAACAUUGUCAAAUGGUGGAAGCAUAAAAUUCUCGGCGGCUACAAACAAUUCUCAGUCCAGGAAUGCACCACAGACUCCGAGGAGCUGAUGUACCACCAGGUGCGGGCCUCCUCCUCCUGCAGUGCGCCGCCCGAUUUGCUGCUGGUCAGUGAACGUGACAACAAUAUCCAACUGCGAUCGCCGGUGGUGAAUAUAAUCACCACGCCGCCGGGCAAUGCCUCCAGUGCGGCCAGCAAGCAUCAUCAAUCGUCAUCGCAUCACCAUCAGACAAGUGCCAACCAUCACCACACCACGCGGCACAAUCCCAAUCCUUUGCAGGCCGGACAUCCGCAGGACAUGAGCAGCGGUGGCAGCCACAGCAAACAUCUGCGCAUCAGCAGCACCUCCAACGGCAAGCACGGCAAAUACUCGAAUAUGCAGCACCAUCUGGCGCAGGACGAGGAUGUGGUGGAUGCGGCAGCCUCCAUGCAGCAGCCACACGGCAACCACGCCCACUCCCGCCACCUGCACCAUCACAAGGAGGAGCGCAUCCGGCUGGAGGAGUUCACCUGCGACGUGUCCGUGGAGGGUGGCAAGUCAUCGCAGCCGCUGCAGUUCUCGUUCACGUUCUACGAUCUGGACGGCCACCAUGGCAAGAUAACAAAGGACGACAUCGUGGGCAUUGUGUACACCAUAUACGAGUCCAUUGGCAAGUCGGUGGUGGUGCCCCACUGCGGCAGCAAGACAAUCAACGUGCGGCUCACCGUCAGUCCCGAGGGCAAAUCGAAAUCGCAGUCGCAGUCGCAGUCACAGCCGGUGGUUCCUGUGCCAAUGCCCGUUACCCUGCCCGCCGCCGCUGGAUUCAACAACAGCAGCAGCAGUCAUGCCAGCAAGCUGAAGAAGUUGCCCACGGGCCUGGCCACGGCCAUGUCGAAACCAUUGGUUGGGGGAGUGGGAGUCAUAUCCUCCGGUGGCACGGCGCUAACGACAUCCGCCGGCAACCGCCGCCAGCAUCGCUAUCGACCGCGCAAACUGAUUAAGUCCGAUGACGAGGACGAUGACAGCAACAGUGAGAAGGAGAAGGACGCUGAGAAGGCUCCGGCCGGUGAACAGGCCAGCGGAAGUGGGGCCAAGACCGGAGGAAGGAGCCAUCACCAUCAGGCCUCGGCCACCAGAUACCACCAGAAGAGCAAUUCCCGGGCGGAGCAGUGCUGCACGGAGCAGAACACACCGGACAAUGGUCACAAUACCUACGAGAAUAUGCUGAAUCUCAAGUGCUGCAAGCCGGAGAGCGACCAGGUCGACUGCCCCUCCCACCGCCAGAAUCAUCACCAGAACCACCAAAAUCACCACCACCAAAUCAGGCAGCAGGACAUCUACAUGAAGCAGGCCACCCAGCGGGUCAAGAUGUUGCGAAGGGCGCGCAAACAAAAGUACCAGGAUCAUUGCCUCGAAACGCGACAGCGCAGCCUCUCAGUGGGCAACGAUUCCGCCUGGCAGAAUCGCCAUCUGCAGCAACCACAGCCACAGCAACCACCGGUGGGUCAGGCAGCUGGCACGCCCCAACCGCUGAGCCACAACAAGAGCGCAUCGGGGUCACCACCACUGCUGCCAGUGGGUGGCGAACUGAUGCUCGAUGGUGUGCAGCUGCGCCAGCCACGCCCCCAAUCCCUCACUACCCACCAACAGCAUCAGCAGCAUCAGCAAAAUCAGCAGCAGCAACGGAAAUCGGCCGAGUGCUGGAAAUCGGCGCUAAAUCGCAACGAUUUAAUUAGCAUCAUCAGGGAGAGCAUGGAAAAGAAUCGCCUGUGUUUUCAGCUGAAUGGAAAACCCCAAGCCAAUGUGAGUCCCAUACGGCAACCGGCAGCACAACAACAACAACAACAGCAACGCCAACGCUGCAAUACGGGCUCGAAAAUACCCACAUUAAUAGCCAACCACAGUCCGGUCGCCCUGCAAUCGCCGCUCAGCAGCAGUCCACCCACAGCGGACUGCAGCACCUCCUGCAUUCCAGUGGCUCCACCGGUCAUCGAGGUCAACGGUCAACAACAGCAGCAGCAGCAGCAGCCACAGCAGCAGCACCACAAUCACAACCACCACGAGCAUCCCCAACCACACAUACCCAUCUACCACCAGCAGCUGGCCAUUAAUCCGGCCGUUUUGGCCGCCCAGCAGACACACAAUACGGCCCACAACAAGUUGAAUCUGUGUGGCUACGACUCCUUUCUGCAUGCCACCAUCUGUGGGGGCGGGGCGGCCGCCCACUCGCCCCCGGCCACGCCCAGCAAUGUGGCCACGGUGCAGCCGAUACCCAAGAAGAGCGAGAAGAAGAAGGAGUACAAGAACUAUGGCAACCUCAUCUACGCCAAGUUGAGUGAGCAGUUGCAGCAGAAGGAUCGGGAGCAGCGUCGCCAACGGCACAAGCAGCAGCACCAGAUCAGGAUGCAGGAUCAGCAGAAGGAUAAUGGUCGGAUGGAGCAGCGACCGCCCACCUCGAACUCCAGUUCGGCGGGCUCCAAGAUCUACGGCGAUGCCCUGGAGUGUGCCCACCUGCUGGCCAGCGAGGAGGAGGACCUGCCCCCCAGUCCGCAGUUGACCAGUACGCCGAGUAAGGUGGUCAGCACCGACACCCUCAUCGAUCUGAACGAUGAUGUGGGCGAGGCGGUGGCCGAGGCCGUGACAGAGGGUGGCAAGUCGAAUGUGGAGGCUGCGGAGGAACUGGAACUGGACACCAGUGCUUCCAGCUCCAUGAUCCACCGCUAUGUGCACGAGCACAUCCACCACCACUAUCACCACUUCAAGGAGCAGCAGGAUGUCUAGGCUAAGACCACUAUAAACUACUUGAAUGUUGCUUAUGUUUCAGUCUAUUGAUUAAUGUAGCGCGAAUUGUAAUUUAAAAGUAAGCAUUCAUCAACUAAAAAAACCCAGAAAAUAUUCGAAAACGAUAUUAGGGCCACAAGAAGUGGGGUGGGAAAAGUGAGUUUGGAAAUGGUUCAGAAUAUUUUAAAAAAUAUAUAUUUAAAGUAUGUUGUUAGUAAAAAUCAUUUCACUUUUUUUAUUUCGAAGUUAUUUGA